GCGUGCGUGCUGCGCUCCUGCUGUCGCCGGCUGAUCGCCCUCUCCAAGAUGCAGUAUCUGGACCCCGAGGAGCUCCUGGGCGAGGAAGAGGAUGAUAUUUUUGGUGAAGGACUACCAGCCAGACUCCCAGAAAUCAUGUUGGUAGGAUCCCAGUCCUUCUCUCCUGGGGGGCCCAAUGGGAUCAUCAGAAGCCAGUCCUUCGCGGGGUUCAGCGGCCUUCAGGAGAGACGGUCCAGAUGUAACUCCUUCAUCGAAAAUCCCUCCGCUCUUAAGAAGCCUCAGGCCAAACUGAAGAAAAUGCACAAUUUAGGACACAAAAACAACAACCCUCCCAAAGAGCCUCAGCCUCAGAGGGUAGAAGAGGUCGUCAGAGCCUUGAAAAACGGACUCGAUGAAUAUCUGGAGGUUCACCAGACAGAGUUGGACAAGCUGACAGCUCAGUUAAAAGACAUGAGAAGAAACUCUCGCCUGGGUGUGCUGUAUGACCUAGACAAGCAAAUUAAAACGAUUGAAAGAUACAUGAGACGCCUGGAAUUUCACAUUAGUAAGGUAGAUGAACUCUACGAAGGGUAUUGUAUCCAAAGACGCCUCCAAGAUGGUGCCAGCAAAAUGAAGCAAGCCUUCGCGGCCUCGCCUAGCAGCCGAGCUGCCCGUGAGAGCCUCUCGGAGAUCAGUCGCAGCUACAGGGAGUACACGGAGAAUAUGUGCACCAUCGAGGCAGAGCUGGAGAAUCUGCUGGGGGAGUUCUCCAUCAAGAUGAAAGGUCUGGCUGGUUUUGCUCGCCUCUGUCCGGGAGAUCAAUAUGAAAUUUUCAUGAAGUACGGCCGACAGAGGUGGAAGCUGAAAGGCAAGAUAGAAGCCAAUGGCAAGCAGAGCUGGGAUGGGGAGGAAGUGGUGUUCCUGCCCCUGAUCGUUGGAUUCAUCUCCAUCAAGGUCACAGAACUCAAAGGGCUCGCCACGCACCUCCUGGUCGGCAGUGUGACCUGCGAGACCAAAGAGCUCUUUGCUGCCCGACCUCAGGUGGUGGCCGUUGACAUCAACGACCUCGGCACCAUCAAACUGAGCCUGGAGAUCACCUGGUACCCAUUUGAUGUGGAGGACAUGACCGCGUCCUCGGGCACUGGGAACAAGGCGGCAGCCCUCCAGAGGAGAAUGUCCAUGUAUAGCCAGGGUACUCCAGAGACGCCCACUCUGAAGGAUCACUCCUUCUUCAGGUGGUUGCGGCCUUCAGCAGCCAAGCCGCGGCGGCUGUCUGUCUUGAGUGCCUUGCAGGACACUUUCUUUGCCAAGCUAUCCCGCAGCUGCUCUUUCAGUGACCUGCCCUCCCUCAGGCUGAGACCCAAGGCCGAGCUAGAGUUUUCCUCUAAUCUACCUGAUGACGUCUUUGACCACGGAAAGGCAGCUGAGGAGAAAACGCCCCUGUCUCUCAGCGUCAGCGACCUGCCCAACGGGGACUGUGCCCUCACCCCCCACCCCACCAGCUCUCCGUCCACCACGGGCUCAGCAAAUCCAGAAAUUACCAUCACCCCCUCAGAGCUCAGCCACAGCAACCUGGCCUCCCAGAACGAGGGCACGGAGGACUCCGGCUCAGCAUCUUCCAGAAGCUCCUCCAGAGGAGGCCCAGAGCCAGAGCCACAGGUGAAGGAGGACACAGACGGGCCCCGGACCCCUGAGGCGGGCCGAGCGUCUGCAGGGGCCGGCCCAGCGCACCUGUUCCUGGAGAAGGAUGUGGCGGAGGCUCUCCUGGGAGAGUCUGACGAGGCCUCCGAGCUCAAGCCCGUGGAGCUGGACACGUUCGAAGGAAACAUCACGAAGCAGCUGGUCAAGAGGCUCACUUCGGCCGAGGUGCCGGUGGCCACGGAGAGGCUGCUCUUUGAGGGCUCUGUCAGUGGAGAGUCCGAAGGCUGUAGAUCCUUCCUCGAUGGAAGCUUGGAGGAUGCGUUCAGUGGGCUAUUCCUUGCAUUAGAACCACAUAAAGAGCAGUACAAAGAGUUUCAGGAUCUGAACCAAGAAGUCAUGCGUUUGGAUGAUAUCCUAAAAUGCAAGCCAGCCGGAAGCCGCAGCAGGUCUUCCAGUUUAAGUCUUACAGUUGAAAGUGCUUUAGAAAGCUUUGAUUUCCUGAACACCUCUGAUUUUGACGAGGAGGAGGAGGAUGGUGAUGAGGUUUGUAAUGUUGGUGGAGGCGCGGACUCAGUAUUUUCAGACACUGAGACUGAGAAAAAUAGCACUUACAGAUCAGUACACCCCGAAGCCAGGGGGCACCUCAGCGAAGCGCUCACGGAAGACACGGGAGUUGGGACUAGUGUGGCCGGAAGCCCCCUGCCGCUGACCACAGGCAAUGAGAGUCUGGACAUCGCCAUUGUCGGGCACCUUCAGUACUGCACCCAGCUCGUUCAGCAAAUUGUUUUCUCAAGCAAAACCCCAUUCGUGGCGAGCAAUCUCUUAGAGAAGCUUUCUAGGCAAAUCCAGGUGGUGGAGAAACUGUCAGCAGUCAGCCAUGAGAACAUAGGGAACAUGAGUUCCGUCAUUGAAGCCAUCCCAGAAUUUCACAAAAAGCUGUCUUUGCUGUCCUUCUGGACCAAGUGCUGCAGCCCAGUGGCCGUCUACCACAGCUCGGCCGACCGAGUGAUGAAGCAGCUAGAAGCUGGCUUCGCCAGAACCAUCAACAGAGAAUACCCAGGACUUGCAGACCCAGUGUUCCGAACCCUGGUCUCCCAAAUCCUGGACCGGGCUGAGCCUCUGCUCCCCUCCAGCCUCCCUUUGGAAGUCAUCACUGUUUUCCAGUAUUACAGUUACUUUACCAGCCACGGUGUGAGCGACCUCGAGAGUCACGUGAACCAGCUGGCCAAGCAAGUUUCCUUGAUUCAGACUCUGCAAUCGCUGAGAGAUGAGAAACUGCUGCAGGCCAUGAGUGACCUCGCACCCAGCAGCCUCCCGGCCCAGCAGGAAGUACUCCGGACCCUGGCCCUGCUGCUCAUGAGGAAUGACAGCCAAGUGAGCCAGGCUGUGAUGCUUUACCUGGCUGCAGCCUCCAGAGAUGAGCAUUUCAGGGAAAAGGCCUUGCUCUAUUACUGUGAAGCGCUGACAAAGGCAAACCUCCAGCUCCAGAAGGCAGCUUGUCUGGCCCUGAAGAGCCUGCAGGCCACCGAAAGCAUUAAAAUGCUCGUGACGUUGUGUCAGUCCGACACUGAAGAAAUCAGAAACGUGGCCUCCGAGACCCUCUUGUCUCUCGGGGAAGACGGGCGGCUGGCAUAUGAACAACUGGACAAGUUUCCUCACUGUGUUCACGUUGGAGGGCGCCAUGGGACGGAAGUCGCUACAGCAUUUUAAUGUGCUCUCCCGUACAGCUCUCUUUCUAAAGGGCCCUGUUCAUCAAGGUGGUGCUGGGGUCGAGCGGGAAUGCUUACAACUUGAAGCGCUCUGUUGAGAUUGUCUGGAAAUGUAACGUGUUAUAGAUAGAAUUCAAAAUCGAGUUUUCCAGGACCUAGCCACUUUUCCUUUGGCCAGUAGAAUCGGGCUGUGUAGUACUCUGUAGAUUUUAUUGUCGAUGGCGUCUGACAGUACUUAGUUAAAGAGCCCAUCUUAUCGCAUAUGUGUGGAAUUUUAAAACCGCCAUCUUUGUACUUUUUUGGAAGUUCUUCU